UACAGAAACCAAGCCAUAAGGAAAAAGCUACAAUCAAUGAAGUAAAGAUCUCAAAUCAAAUUAAAUAUUCCACCAACAGAGGGCAGAUCAGCAAUCAUGAUUGUUGAUCUAGGGUUCUAGGCCCAUCAUUAGAAAAACUAAGCUGCAUGGUGACGACACAAAUAUUGCUACCUGCCUACACUCCUGCUGGACUGACUCUGGGAUUGGAGGACCAACCUUUAUUUCAAUGAACCCCAUCGCUUUUGGCUUGUGAUGCUUGAGGGGGUAAUAAAUGUCUUGCAAUCAAAACAUCAGUGUGAUGAAGGAGAAGCUCACAUGAUUUGUGAUAAAGUCCAAGAAAAACUCCUCAAAGAGUGUCAUGAUCCAGCUAAGGUGUGCAUUACUGAUUUAAGGAUCUCACAUUGGGAAGAAGCAAUACAAGAAACAAAGGGUGGUGAGGCUAAUCGAAAUCUGGCGGCAGAAUGUUAUUUCCUGUGGAAAACUACACGCCUCCAGCAUCUAACCCUAACAGAGGAUACAAGAAGCAUGCUUACUGAACUUCGAAAAAUGGUCCGCUUGCUUUUAUUAACUAAUGGAGACAAACAGACUCAGAGGGAGAAGAUUGAAGCGUGUGCCUGUCAACCAUACUUUGAUGCCAUUGUUGUGGGAGGAGAACAGAAAGAAGAGAAACCAGCACCAUCUAUAUUUCUUUAUUGUUGUGAUCUACUAGGAGUACAGCCUUGGGACUGUGUGAUGGUUGGUGACUCACUAGACACAGAUAUUCAAGGAGGCCUGAAUGCAGGUUUGAAAGCAACUGUCUGGAUAAAUAAAACAAUGACAAUGCCAGUAAACACUUCCCCAGUACCUCAUUAUAUAAUUUCUUCUGUUCUUGAUCUUCCAUCGCUCUUACAGAAUAUGGACCACAAAAUGAAUGCUAACUUAGAAACCAAUAAGAUGGUUAGUAUUAAUGACGUACAUGACAGUGCCAAUGUAGAAUCUAAGAAAUUCUAAGUCCUUAGCCUGCUAAUGUUUUUGUUGAAAGUUUGGCCCUAAAAUCUUACACAUGUAAACAUGUUUACUCAAACAGUGGAUGUGUGAGUAAGAGUAUAUUUAUGAGUGGAGUUCAAUAGAAGAAAAGUAUUAAAUUGAAUCUUGUUAUUGAUUGAAAUUUUUGGAAAAGAAAUGAAGCAUAAGUGCAAUUAUUUUAAAUUUAUGCUCUACUUCUGGAAAUUACUGAGAGACUUUUUAGUAUAGGUCAGAGACAACCAUGCUUAUCAGUCUUUUGGUUUUGCAAUGAAAAAGGAAAAACCUCCAUGUUUUUGAUUUUCAUUUUGGUUUGCUGGCUUACAUAUUUAGCAGGAAUUUCAGUCAUAAAAGAUUGUUUGUGGUGUAUAAAACAGUAGAAGGUGGAAGAGAGAAUAUGGUAGAAUUCUAGGUUCUUCACAGUCUAAUCUAUAGAUUUCUCAGUAAGGAUUAAAAUGAAUUUCCCCAUUUGAAAAAGUGAUUGGAUCUAGUACAUAAAGUAGCCCUUUCUAAAAUUUUUGACUUUGCUUUUUGGGCAAACUUAUUGACUUUGUAAUUUUGGAAGCUAGUGACUAUUUUCACAAAUUUUGCAGAGACUGUUCUUAGAUAAGACCCAAAUCCCUAUCAGAAAAAUAUAUAUAUGUACACUUCAAAGCUUGCAUAUGUAUAGGGGACCAUUCAUCAGCAGGGCUUCGUGGAUAGAGUUUUGUUUUAAUCACAUACAUGUGUCUGCACUAAAACAGUAUUUGUAAUGCAGAUUAUGAUUUACGUUGCACCGUAUUGUGAGUUAACUGUUUUUUUGGACAUUUGCAAUGGUCUUUGCUCAGUUUUGUCUAAUAUUCUUAAAGCUUAUGCAAUUGUUCUGUUUGGUUUUAUUAGUGAAUUUUGAUCAAACUUUGGUUUUGUAGUUGGCUCAGGAAGGUGCAGGGGUCUACCCACUUGGAGCCAGUUACAGGAUUGGAGCCUUUCUGACUACUAAUUCCAUUGCUGUAGAACCUUUCCAAAUUCUAGCUUCUACAUAUACCUCAUCUGUACUCACUUUGAAAAAUUGUGUACUAGUAAAAAAAUAAGUGGUUUGCAUGACUUUUCCAGGAACUUGAAUUCAGGUAUUGGAUGUAAUACUGGAUAAACAGCUUCACACUGUACACUAUUGACACUGGAUUUAGAAGAUUACCCUGUUUAUACCAUAUUAUAACACUACUCUUCCUCCACAAAUUUAUUUAAUUUUGCUGUACUUAAUUUCCCUCCUUAGGAAACACCUCUUUUUUAAAGAAUGUAACUUCUCACACUUCAAAAAUGUGAACAUUUGGGAGUAUCACAUUUUAAUUUUCAUAUUUUUAGAAAUUGGGAUUAAUACGUUUAUUGGAAGCAUUGCACAUUAACACCCAUGCCUGUGUUUACACUACGUCAAAUAUCUGUCAUUAUGUGAUGGAUCACAAAUGUCAUGUUUUAAAAAAUGAUCAUCACAAUUGAUAGUUAUACUUUGGAUAUGUUUGUGAGUUAGGAUAAAAACAUUUCAGACUUGGAGAGUCAUAGAAUACCAUAAAGCAAGGAAACCUACCAGAAGGUGUAGAAGGACAUGUCUACAUGAGAAAACUGCAUCAGUUGAACCUAAGGUUUAAAUUUAAACCUAUUUUAAACUUGUGCAGUGCCCUGCAUAGACUUAUUUUGGUUUAAAUGAGGCUUUUUUAGUUUACCUUAAAUUGAUUGGCAACAGAGGAAAGCUAAAUCAAAAUGUCAUUCCUAAACUGAAAUAACAGUGUCUGUGAAGGAUUUUGCACUUUAAAUUGAUUUGUAAAAGAAAA